AUGGACAUUCAAGUAGCUGCAUCACCGCAAGAAGAUGUCGUAGCAAAGAUCUUGAACAAGUCUAAGUCUGUUCAAAAGCUCAGCAAAGGAGGCAAAACUUACACCUUUUUUAAUGUGAUCGGCGCUACGGAGAAGGAAGUCAAAGUCUUCCGAAUAUAUCAGUGCCACAAAUUUUCUACCAUAUUCAUUGGUAAGACCUACAAAUUUGUCAAAGUGACGAAAAGAGAAGGGACUCUCAUCGUCAAUUCUAAUUGCCCAAUAACAUUCACAGCACCAAUUACUGUGCCAGAUCAUCUCAGAGAUGAAAUGCAUUUGCUGCCAGAGGAUGUUCCUACAACGGGAACCCCAUCAACAAUAUCUGAGGCACUCCAGACUGCUGGCAGGAGUGCUAUCACUGGAAAAGUUGUACAGAUUUCCCCACCGAAGUAUGCCCGAGAUAGUGCACUUCCUAUUCGCUGCCUAAGCGUCAAAGAUUCCACCAGCACAGUCAAGGUCUGUCUGUUCGAGAGGAACGCCGAGAUGACUUUUAGUCCAUCCGACACAGUACAGCUUACUGGGCUGUAUAAGUCAACAUACCAAGGCUUUCUCCCAGACGCUGCCAACAUACAAGUUAACCCGGAGGACAAACUUGAUGAUCCUGAUUUCCAAACUGCUGCUGCACCUGGACUAAAACCAGGAGUGUCCAUCACCGAAUUCCUGAGUGUUUCAGUUUAUGAAUGUUGUCGCAACCAAAAAUGCAGAAAGAAAAAAUUGGUCAGUCAGAAAUGCCCAACUUGUCAGUUGGAAGACAAGGAUACACCCUCAAAGACAUGCUUCAUGUCCCUGAUGUACAAACAUAAUGAACAGCCGUCCAAAUUUUCAAUCUUUCAAGAAGACCUAGAAAAAUUAAUUGGUGAAACAUGCAAUUUGGAUUCUGAGGAAAGUCUUGUGGAGCAAAUAGCAAACAAAUUGCCACUAACAUUUUCCUGUGUGAUCCAAAAAGGAACAUUCCAGAAUGUGUCAAUCUAA